CUGUAGCUCUAUGGCCUCGGCGUAGCUCAGAGCGUCGCUUCCGGUAACGUAGGAGCCGCUUCCUGUGGUGGCGUUUACGGAACGGGUUUGUUGUGGAAGUGGGAGGAGGGGGCUGGCGGUUGGCCGGACGUCCCGCAGGCCGUGCGGUUCGCCCCGUCAGCCGUCGCCCUCAUGUUCGCGGGGCGGGAAAGUGAAGGCCAAAGAGGGGCGGCGGGGCUGCCGUAAUUGCGGCCGUGCUGCGCGGAGGAGCGGCGGGUUUUGCGGGGCCUCCCGUAAUUACCCCUCUAAAGCCCCCUCUGAAAUUGCCCUUACUGCAGCCGUGAGAUCCCCGCCCCUCUGGCUUCUCCCUGGCAGCCGGUUCAAAACACCGCGCCGUCUUAAGAACGGGCGCCUUGGGCUCAGGUGGGCAGGCUUAGCCCCCGAGCCCAAGUCCUCUCCACAGAGAUCUCCUGUGCUUCGUUGUGCUUCAGGUUGCAGGUGCGCUUCAGGUGCCUGCCUCAGUCCUAGAAUUACAGAGCUGGAAGGGAUCCUGGGGGUCAGCAAGCCCAACCCCCUUAUGCAAUGCAGGGAUCUCAACUAAAGCAUCCCUGACAGAUGGCCACCGCCAGCCCUGCUGCCCUGCCUCUUCCUCCUCUGCCUGCGCUGGAGUGGUGCAGUAGCUGAACGGGGUGAGCUGAAAUAAAAGCCCUGUAUCUUCUUUCUGUUCAUGGUGUGGCAUUCUCUCAGUUCACCGUUCCUACACAGCGCAACGUGAGGGCAAUACCAGGCCUACUAAGUUGGGCUGUUGUAAAAGCGCUUGAGAUAAACGCCUGUGAAGUGUUUUGGGGGAAGCGCUGGGUGCAUAAGCGGUGACCAACUCGCCAGGAAGGAGGCUGCUGUCCCAUUGUUAACUAAAACAGGACUAGAUGGUUCGGGUUCGGAGGCAGUGGCCCACUAUCUGUGCCCUACAGGGUGAAUUUGAUAGCGCUGUACAAAAGGGGAAAUAUCAAAAGCCGACAUUUAAAGGGGUAAAAGAUCUGGAACAAAACAGGGGUGGAGAGGGUGACCCUACCUUAAUAGGGAGACAAGCAGGUACAAAUGUAUGGUUUACUCCACUGUGGACAGGCCCAGAGUUUGGGUAAGAGUCAUGAGCUAGAAAGUCUCUAAUCCAGAUCUUGCUUGAGAUAUAAAUACCCUUGGGCAAGCCAGUGUUUUCUCAAUCUCAGCACCUCAUCUGUUGUAUGGGGAUGAUUUAUAAUACUAAUUUUCCUUAAAGGCUGUUGUAAGGGUUACAGGAUAAUACACGUGAAGUACUUCAAACACUUGGAAAUAUGCUGUAUAUAUGGGAAGCAUUAUUGCUUUCUAAAUAUUUUUUUUUUCUUUUGACCUGCCAAGGGAAUACCAAAGUGUUAAAUGCUAGACAACUCAUUUGCAAGGUGCCUUGGUGUUAAGGCAGUGGAAGAGAUCAACUGGAAGAGAUCAACAGCCAUAGCUUAACUGUGAUGUUGAAUCAUGCCUCGGCCAGCUCCCAAUGGAUAAAUCUUUGCUGUCCAAAACCCUGCCCAGAGAGGAAAAUACACUUGCAGUUGAGGAGCUCCAGAUAACCCAAACAACAAGGUAGGUAGUCUGGCAUCGCCCGCUGUAAAGGGCUUUGAAGUACCCUGACAAAUACUAAAACUGUUGUAAUGCUGAGAGUGGACACUUUUUAAUUGGUUAGUUGAGAGCCACUGUGAUGAAGUGAAUAGGUUAGCUUUGAAUCUGGGAGACAGAUUCUGCCCUCCAGAUGUUGGGCUGCUGUGUUUAGCAUUAGCAGAAGGUGUGCAAAUUACACAUAGCAGAGGAACACCUGUCAUAAGUUCCAGAGAUUGUACUAAUUAUGCAGCAGCAGGAGAAAGUCCGGGGAACUUUGUUCUCCGUAUGUUGAACCACAAACUGUUGGGCUGUUAGCAUCCAAAAUGCAUAUGGAAAAAGUUAAGGUUUGAAAGGACUGUAGAACCCUGUGAUGUCAUACGCUCUGUGGCGUUUCUCUCUGUGUGGUAUUUCAGUUGGUUCAGUUGGUUUCAUACACUCUGUGGUAUUUCAGUUGGUUCAGUUAUUAACAGUCUUGUGAGUCUUAACAGUUAGAGCAGCAGGUGUGUUGUGUUGUGCUGCUGUUUGUCUCAGAGUCAGAGUAAAUGUUAGUCUGUAACAGUUUAAUCUAUGUAAGAUGUUCUAGCAACUAAAUAAACUUCCACCUGCAUUGUGUGUGUAUGUACACACACGUACAAACAUAUAUAUAUCUGCAAUUGCAAGUACACUAAGUAAAAGUUAUUUGGUCUUUAAACACAAGUAUCUUGUGUGGUUUUUAUAGGAGGAAAAAGAGAACUAAAGGGUCAAACCACCCAGGGCUGUCUUCCACAUACUCUGCAAACAGGAACUAGAGUCUUAAUUUCCCGCACAAACAUCAGUCUCAGCAAACAUGGCCAAUGGCCAAGUGCGAUGGGAGUUACAGUUCAGCAGCGCAUGAAUAAAUUACUUUAACUCUUUAGAUUGAUGUAUAUACCCUGUAGAAGUGGGCUGAAUUUGUAAUGUAAAAGAUACUCCAAGUCUGUUUUGAUGCUGUGUGGAUGACUGCAUGCAAGACUUAACAUAUGUGCAUGUAUUUGUCCUGGAAGACAACACUUCAUGUUUGGUGAUUGCUUUCAGAGUUUUCAGUAAAGUUUGUAAAAAGAACAAAACAAAGUUCAGCAACAUCUGAAGGGCCACGGAUUCCCCACGCCUGAGCUAAAUAGAGGGUCCAUGAUCAGGAUGUGAAGGCUAUAGGGAAAACUUUCCAUAUUGUUUUGGGUCAUAUACGAGUUAUUGUGUGCUUACACUAUGCUCAAUUAGAAAUAUUUAACAUGCCUGUGUAUAUGCCAGAUCACAUGCCUCAGUAUUUGAGAACAAUUGUGGUGUAUUCUGUGUAUGGUGCAAAUUUGGUGUUUUUAUGAAAAGUACACAGUUGGGACAAAUUGAACUGUGCCACCACUCUAUCGUGGUCAUAUGCAAUGUUAAUUGUAUGCUAGUGCAAGAUCCCUUGCACUAGUGGAUGGCAUAGUUUAAAGGUUGCGCAAUUAAGGAAUCAAACACAGCUGUUGUGCUAGUGGAAGCUUGUUGCACAACAGCUGUGUUGGCGAGCGGUCUUUUGUAAUCUGUUGGCGUGCAGUCUUUUGUAAUAUACUUGUGUUUUCCUUUGCACAGCAAUGCUCCGCCAGCACAACAAGGAUAUCAAUAAGUGACAGUGCUACGCUGGAUACAGCCCUUGGUUCUGCCAUCCAUGCUUUCCCCCUCCUGCCUUUGAGGAGCCAUGGCCACCACAAACCCUUUGGAAAACCUCCAGGUAGAAGCCAGCUGCUCUGUCUGCCUGGAGUACCUCAAGGACCCCGUGAUCAUUGACUGCGGCCACAAUUUCUGCCGGGUAUGCAUCACCCGCUGGUGGGAAGAUCUGAACCGGGACUUCCCCUGCCCCGUCUGCCGCAAGACUUCGCGCCACCGCAUUCUGAGGCCCAACCGGCAGCUGGGCAACAUGGUAGAGAUAGCCAAGCAGCUGCAGGUCACGAACAAGCGCAAGGUGCGGGAUGAGAACUUGUGCGAGAAGCACAAUGAAGUCCUCCGCCUCUUCUGCAAGGACGACCAGGAGGCCGUUUGCUUAGUGUGCGAGAUCUCUCACGAACACCGCUCCCACACGGUGGUGACCCUGGACGAUGCCUCCUUGGAGUAUAAGGUAAAGUGCGGAUGGGACAUGGCUGGAAUCAAGUUUUUAAAAAAGACGGGAGAGGGCAUGAAGACCAGCAUUUGAGUUUGUUCAUAGUAAUUGGUUUUAAUAUUUCUGUUGUGUCUGCGUCUUGGAGUCAUUUCCAUGAGCAAUGCAAUUAAUGUAUAUAAAUAACAACAGAAACAUCACCAGUUGUGUGAGGUAUGCAUUUGAUGUGUAUCUGCCCAUUGCAGGCAGAUGCCUUUUUUGGCCAUCACAGUAGCACAUAAACUUGCACAGACUGUACAUAGCCUGAUUGAAUAGGGAAGCCCGAGUGGGAACUGCAAGAAAAUGCUGUCCUAUAUUUUGGUUUGCUUGUUUAAUCAUUAAAGUGCUCAGCCAGCCAGCCACAGCUUCCUCCAGGGAACUAUAAGUAAGCCAAUUCACCCUCCCAUUUUUUCUUUUCAAAGUAAUGCUCAGCUGGUUGCUAGUGACCACUGACUAUGCUCUCAGUCUCCAUAGGGUUGUCUGGGUGGGGGCUGUUGUUGUUGGCUCUUCUGCAAACCUCAGGGGUCCCCUGAGUAUGCUGGUGCCUCUCUUUUGUUUCUUGGUGGCUUCCGUGUUAGUUGAAUUUCUGUUAGGCGCUGCAGUCAGAGGUGGACUUUGCUAUUAGAGGGUGUCAUGGAGGUGAGGAAUGGAAAGCCUUAAAAAUGAGGGAAGGAGCUUGAAAUUUGAUGUGAGAAUUCAGUGCAGAGUUGAAUGGAGAAAGGGAACACAGUUGUCUUCCUACAAUGAAUAGGAAGGCUGGAGGAAUAAUAAUAAUAAUAAUAAUUUUUAUUUAUACCCCGCCCUCCCCAGCCAAGGCCGGGCCCAGAGCGGCUUACAAGCAAUAAUAAAAACAAGUUAAAUGAUUACAACUUAAAAACAAAAUUAAAAAAUACAACAUUAAAAUAUUGAAACAUUAAAAUAUUAAAAUGUAGCCUCAUCGCAGAGGGAGAAGGAAAAGAAAAAAGAAAGAGAGGGAGGGAAUAAAAUUGGCUCCAAGCCAAAGGCCAGGCGGAACAGCUCUGUCUUACAGGCCCUGCAGAAAGAAAUCGGAUCCAGCAGGGCCCUGGUCUCAUGAGGCAGAGCGUUCCACCAGGCCGGAGCCAGAGUUGAAAAGGCCCUGGCUCUGGUUGAAGCCAAUCUAACUUCCUUAGGGCCCGGGAUCACUAGGGUGUUGCUAUUUAUGGACCUUGAGGUUCUCCGUGGGGCAUACUGGGAGAGGCGGUCCCAUAGGUACGAGGGUCCUAGGCCUUGAAGGGCUUUAAAUAAAGCAAAAUAAAGGCAGCAAAUGACAGACACAAUGUGAGUAGGUUGCUCUUAUGUUUGGGAACAAGGUAUGCAGCCUGCUAUAAGUGGAGUUAUGCUGUUAUGGGGUGGGCUACACCUAGAUCCAGCUUUCUCACUUGAACCUCAAGUGUCCAAGGUGGUGCCUUUGUCCAGCUCUUGCUUACUUGCCAGGCUACAGUUGAUUCUGGAGAAGAAUACUCUUUUUCACGGUUCCCCAAAUUCCAGCAACCUCUCCCUUGCUUGCAUUACAGUAAUCCCCCUGUACAUGAGGCUGCCCUUGAAGAUGUGAACACUUCAAUUAGUGCAGAAUGCAUCUGGCCAAAUGUUGACCGGUACGUGUUAGACUUGUGAGGUCAGUUGGCCCAUAACCUGUUACACAGGGCCAACAAUCUGUUGUUGAUACUACACCACACUUCAGCCGGUGUGAUCAGCAGAAUGUUAGAGACUUCCUGCUUUCUACUUGACAGAGUUCCCAGUUUAGAAAACUCCUUACCCACGCAGUUCAAUCCAAAAUAGAAAAUGUUUAGCAUCUCAUGACACAAGACAAGCAUGAACAUUCUAGCUAGAUAUGUUGGUACAUCAUGAACUAUUCUACUAUAACACAAUUAUCUGGGCUUAUAAGUAAACCUUGUAAAGUUCAAAGUAUACAGGGAUAUCCACUAGCACUUUAUCAUGCUGGCUCACCAUGCUGUACUGACAUCCAGUGUUAGAAACUGAGAUACGAAAACUAGGAGCUAAAUGGCACCUUAAGCCUAGGUUAUGGGCGCAACAACGGAAUGUCUGGGCACACUUUUUUAUAAUAAGAAUUCAAAGCUUAAAAUGAAUGAACUGCAACUAAAAUAUUCAUUUAUUUUUCACAUGGUCUAGUUCUUCCCCUGCCCACCCCCCCUGAUAUUCUUAAGAGGGUCUCUUCUCCAGUCUUCAGAGAGUACCUGGAAGUGGGGAGGUGGAAAAAGGUCCUCCUUUCCUUCCAUUCUGCUGUUUUAAUCUGAAAUCUUAGGUGCGGUACUGCGUCCAGAGCUCAGAAACUGCUCACGCUAAUGAAAUUCCCUGUCGCAAAAUGCGCCUAUAACAGUGGGAGUUUUGAACACUUCUAACACCAUAUAGGAGAAUCUCAUCAGGGUAGGACAGCAUUACUAUUUCUAUAGAAAUAAUGCUGCAGAGAUUGUGGGUGGAGGCAAUGGUUGUUUGCAAAAGACCAUCUAGACCAAAAGACCAUGGGUAGGCGACCUAAGGCCCAGGAGCCAGAGCCGGCCCAAUCGCCUUCUAAAUCUGGCCCACGGACAGUCCAGGAAUCAGUGUGUUUUUACAUGAGUAGAAUGUGUCCUUUUAUUUAAAAUGCACCUCUGGGUUAUUUGUGGGGCAUAGGAAUUCGUUCACUCCCCCCCCCCCAAAAAAAAAAAAUAGUCCGCCCCUCCACAAGGUCUGAGGGACAGUGGACCAGCCCCCUACUGAAAAAGUUUGCUGACCCCUGAUCUAGAACGUCUCUGAAAUGGCACUUGAACCAGGAACUCCCAACUUGUUUCAUUUUCUGUUUUUAAAGCCAUUAUAUUCUGUUAAAGAUAGCUUUUGCUUCUAACUAUAGGAUAAAUCUGGCAGCAGUAGCAGGUGAGCACUCAAGUCGUGGGCAGUGUUUGAAAUUAGCCAGGUGCAUUUUGCACCUGGCUAUCAACCACUUGAGACCAAAUGAAGAUUCGUGGGCGCACCAAGAUGGCACCUGACAUCUCCACCAUCUGGAGGUCCAUGCCUGGGGAUCAUUGGAUCUUAACUGUUUUCACACACUAAUACCGCACCCUGUACAAUUCUGUCAUUUAUAUUCUAGCUGCACAAUCGGAAUGAAUUUCAGGAACCAAAAUGCUUUUUCUGUGCAGCCUGAGCAGGAGUAGUGAAUAAUGUUAUAUGUAAUUGUUGUAGCUUAUCCUCACUUACCCCACCCUACUGCCCUGUCCACAGUUGUGAAGAAUAUUCUUACAUUUUGAAUGGUCUGUGUCACCCUUAAGAAAAAGAGGUAGAAAUAGGCCAGGAUAUAUGUAGAUUGUCCCUGGAUAAAGUGACUUUUCUUCUUUUAAGUUCUCAAAGUUCUUAACCUAGCUCAAUGUAGCUAUCGGAACUCACCAGAUGUUUAACUGAGAAUCAAUCACAGUCAGUCCACCAUAUGAAAAAUAAGACUUUAGAGCUGUUUAACUCCAAAAUAGCAACUACAGUGGUACCUCGGGUUACAGACGCUUCAGGUUACAGACUCCGCUCACCCGGAAAUAGUACCUCAGGUUAAGAACUUUGCUUCAGGAUGAGAACAGAAAUCGUGCUCCAGCGGCAGCGGGAGGCCCCAUUAGCUAAAGUGGUCUUCAGGUUAAGAACAGUUUCAGGUUAAGAAUGGACCUCCAGAACGAAUUAAGUACUUAACCCGAGGUACCACUGUAUACAUAGAAUCAUAGAAUCUUAGAGUUAGAAGGGACCCCAAUGGUCAUCCAGUCCAACCCCCUGCAAUGCUGGAAUUUCAGCUAAAGCAUCCUUGACUGAUGGCCAUCCAACCUCUGUUUAAAAACCUCCAAGGAAGAAGAGUCCACCACCUCUCGUGGGAGUCUGUUCCACCGCUGAACAGCUCUUACUGUCAGAAAGUUUUUUCUGAAUGUUCGAAUCUCCUUUCUUGCGACUUGAAGCCAUUGGUUCGAGUCCUACCCUUCAGAGCAGGGGGAAACAAGCAUGCUCCUUCCUUCAUAGUACAGCCUUUAAGAUAUUUGAAGAUGGCUAUCAUAUCUUCUCUCAGUCUCCACUUUUCCAGGCUAAACAUACCCAUGCCUUCAAGCGCCCCUCAUAAGGUUUAGUUUCCAGACCCUUCAUCAUCUUAGUUGCCCUCCUCUGCACAUUUCCAGCUUGUCAAGAUCCUUCUUAAAUUGUGGUGCGCAGAAUUGGACACAGUAUUCCAAGUGUGUUCUGGCCAAGGCAGAAUAGAGUGGUACUAUGACUUUUCUCGAUCUGGACACUAGACUUCUGUUGAUGCAGCCGAGAAUAGUGUUAGGUUUUGUUUUGUUUUUGCUGCUGCUACAUCAUACUGUUGACUCUAAGUUUGUGGUUCAUCAAGACCCCUACAUCCUUUUCACAUGUACUGCUAGUAUGCAAGGUGUCCCCCAUCCUAUAUUUGUGCAUCUGGUUCUGCCUGCCUAAGUGCAGAACCUUACAUUUAUCCCUAUUGAAAUUCAAGUUGUUAUUUUUCGCCCAAUUCUCCGAUGUGUUAAGGUUAUUUUGAAUUUUGAUUCUGUCUUCUGUGGCAUUAUCUACCCCUCCCAGUUUGGUGUCUGCAAAUUUGAUGAGCAUCCCCUCAAUUCCUUCAUCCAAGUAAUUUAUAAAGAUAUUGAACAACAACGGGCCCAGGACAGAACACUGUGGCACCCCACUUCUCACUUUUUUCCAGGAUGACAAGGAACCAUUAAUGAGUAUUCUUUGGGUUCGGUCAGUCAACCAGCUACAAAUCCACCUAACAGUUACCUUGUUCAACCCACAUUUUACCAGUUUCCUCAUGAGACUAUCACAGGGUGUGUGUGUCAAAAGCCUUACUGAAAUCAAGAUAUACUAUGUCCACAGCAUUUUCCUGAUCCACCAAGUUUGUAAUUCCAUCAAAAAAUGAAAUCAGAUUGGUCUGGCAUGACUUAUAUUUGAGAAACCCAUGCUGGGUCUUAGUAAUCACAGCAUCCUUUUCUAAAUACUCAUAGACCGACUGUUGAAUUAUCUGUUCUAGGCCCUUCCCUGGUAUUGAUGUCAAGAUCACUGGUUGGUAAUUACCUGGGUCUUCCUUUUUCUGCUUUCUGAAGAUGAGGUCAUUCCAUUCUGGAGACUGUAACCUUGAUUUAAGGAGCUGUUUGGCACUUAGCUUAUAUAUCUGAGUUUCUAACACUACUUGUUAGAAUGUUAGAGAUGUCUGUCUGUUUGUUUUUUGGCCACUGCAGGAAGCAAUCUGGGUGGUUCUUAUGCUCAUGACUCGUACUCUUUAACUGUUAUCGCUGUGCUAGCUCCCAGUUAUGCCAUCUCCUCUUUCAAGCAGGAAAAGCUGCAGAAAUGCCUGGAGCCACUUGAACGAAAGCUGCAUGAGAUCGGCCAGUGCAGAUCCCGGGAGGAGAAGAAGCCUGGGGAGCUCAAGGCAAGUGCUGCAUGCGUUGGAUUGUAUCUCUUUCACUUGGAAUUUUCUCCCAAAGCAAAUGCUGCAGUGGAAACCCUGUGAGCCUUGCUUGAAUUCAAGUGGACUACUACUAGUAUUAACAUUUUCUCUCACUGAGGCAACUGGAGGCAUCUUUAUAAAAACAAAAAACAAACUUUCGUUAAUAUCCAAGGGGUAAAGGAAAAACACACACAUUAAAAACAACAGUACAUCACGUGUGCUUUAAAAGGCCAUAUAUCAUUAACAGCCAAAGGCAUAGUUAAAGAGGAAUGUUUUUGCGUUGCACAUAAAGAUAUGUAGGGGACGUUGGUGGCACUGUGGGUUAAACCACAGCGCCUAGGACUUGCUGAUCAGAAGGUCGGCGGUUCGAAUCCCCGCAACGUGGUGAGCUCCCGUUGCUCGGUCCCUGCUCCUGCCAACCUAGCAGUUCAAAAGCACGUCAAAGUGCAAGUAGAUAAAUAGGUACCGCUCCGGCGGGAAGGUAAAUGGCGUUUCCGUGCGCUGCUCUGAUUCGCCAUAAGCGGCUUAGUCAUGCUGGCCACAUGACCCGGAAGCUGUAUGCCGGCUCCCUCGGCCAAUAAAGUGAGAUGAGCGCCGCAACCCCAGAGUCGGCCACGACUGGACCUAAUGGUCAGGGGUCCCUUUACCUUUACCUAAAGAUAUGUAACAAAGGCACCAGGCAAACCUCCCUGGGAAGAGCAUGCCACAAAUAGGGAGCCACUACAGAAAAGGCCUGUUCGUGUGUUGCCACCCUCCAAUCCCCUUGUGGAGGUGGCACACAAAGAAGGCUUCAGAUCACAGUUGCAGAGUCUGGGUCAGUUCAUAUCUGUGCUGCUGACUCUUCUUGCCUAAGUGCAGAACCUUACAUUUGUCCCUGUUGGAAUUUAUUUUGUUAGUUUUGGCCCAGUACUCCAAUCUGUUGAAAGUCAAAUUGAAUGCUGAUUCUGUCUUCUGGGACAUGGGCUACCCCUUCCAGUGUGGUGUCAUCUGCAAAUUUGAUGAGCAUCUCCUCAAUAUAAAGAGCCCAGAACAGAACCCUGCAGCACCCUACUUGCCACUUUUUCCCAAGAUGACGAGGAACCAUUAAUGAGUACUCUUUGGGUUCUGUCUGUCAACCAGCUACAAAUCUGCCUAAGUUACCUUGUUCAACCCACAUUUUAACAGCUUCUCCACAAGAAUAUCACAGAAUUUCCAUGCUCCACUGAGCUUGUAACUGCUAUCAAAAAAAGAAAGAAAACUUAAUAGGAAAUAACUUAAUAAAACCACUCGCUGUAUAAAAUGAAAGCUGGUACAGUCGUACCUUGGUUUUCGAACAGCUUAGUUCUCGAACAUUUUGGCUCCCAAACACCAAGUGACUGUUCUGGUUUGCGAACUAUUUUUGGAAGCUGAACGUCCGACAGGGCUUCCGCAACUUGCAGUUGGCUGCAGGAGCUUCCUGCAGCCAACCAGAAGCCGCGCUUUGGUUUCCGAACGUUUUGGGAGUUGAACAGACUUCCGGAACGGAUUCCAUUCGACUUCCAAGGUACGACUGUAUGUGAUAUUUUCAUUUGCUGUGAUACACCUUCACCAAGAUUCCCUCAAAAAAUAAAUGCUGAGCACAGGAAUUUGGAAUAUAUAGUUAACUAUCUCAAAGCUCCGUGCUACUUUUUGUUGCUGGUCGGUGGGCAGGAAAUACCCUUCUGCCCCCACCAUGGCAGAAUCAGAAUGGUUGAAGAAAAUACAUUCUGUUAACUUUUAUGUCAAAAUGAACCAAUUAUAAAAAGGAACACAGUAGCACACUGGAAAAUUGUAAGGUACCAGAACUGCAUACUUUGGGAUAAUGUGCUCUUUUUUUUCCUUCUGUUUAGUCCUGACAGUUCUUUAUGCUCCGUUGCUUUUAAUUUCUUAUAGUUUUAGCUCCUCUGGAAAUUGCUUUUGAUGAUGAUGAUGAUAAAAAAUGUUUUGCAAAACAACAACAACAACAACCCACAAAGCACCCUUCAAACAACUUUAAAAGUGCAUUACUAUUAGUAACAGCUAAGAAGCCACAUCUGCAAGUGGGUGGGAGAACACGAGGAUUUGUCUUAGUGAUACAGGUGAAACUGUAUGCUGUAUAGCCACAUUUGUGUAUGUAAUGUUUAUGCUCCUCUUUGCAAAGCCUGGGACGGCUGACAAUUGUACAAAUAUACCAAAGCAUAUUGAAACAAUUAAAAAAAUACAACAAAUUUAUGCCAACUUUACAGUGGCAGCAGCAAGCAAUGCACUCUUUCAGCAUUAGUACCUUUGGGAACCCAGAAGCAGCGCAGGAACGUUUCCCAGACCUUCCCCUGCUGGGUUUUGUCCCUCCCACUUGAUAUUCAGAGGUAUACUGUCUCUGAACGAGGAGGUUCAGUUUGGUUGAAAUGGCUGACAGGCUUGGCCUAAAUGAAUUCACCUAGUUCUUUUUAAUGUUGCAUUGAGAUGCCAUGGUACCACCCAUAGUAGAGAAUCACAUUACAGUGGACCCUCCAGUUACAUACCGCUCUGGAUAUGUAACUUUGGGGUUGAGAACGCGGCAAACCCAGAAGUGUAUACUUCUAUACACUACUAUUGUGUAUAUUGUGUAUACCUCUAUUGUGCUGUGUGCAUGCGCAGACGCGGCGCCUCCAAUUACGAACUUUUCAGGGUAAGUACAGACCCCCGGAAUGAAUUAAAUUCAUAUCUGGAGAGUCUACUGUAUUCCAAAAAAUAUUAGAUUGCCAACUUUUGCUCCAACUCUAGGUGGAGCAACUUUUCAUGGCCAACUUUUCCUCCAACUCUAGGUGGUACACAGUGAGAUAACUCUCCUGUCUUCACACAAAAAUUGGUAACCUUCCAAUUUCAAGAGCGUUAGCCAGUGUUAGUCUGUUGGAGCACAAACCACAAAGAUUCUUGUGACACUCUAAAGGUUGACACAUUUAUUAUGAUGUGAGCUUUCAUAGACAGAAUCCACCUCAACACAUUAUCACCAUUCAUCUGAUGAAAUGGACUUUGAUCCACUAAAUUAGUGCUCAAGGUGUCACAAGGCUCUUUUUGUUGUUUCUGUACAGUAAGUUGGGCUGAGAGGGAGACUGUCCCAAGGUCACCCAGUGAGAGUCGCAACUGAGCAAGUACUUGAAUUUGGGUCUUCCUGGGUGUCACACCACGGUUUUGUGCUGUGUGAGGAAGUUCCCUCUUUCUCCCAAUCCUGAACAUCAACCUCAUUGGGUUGACCUCAUUGAGCCCUACCUGAACCCUGUCUCCCAUCUCCCUGCAGCGGAAGGUUGAGGACCGCCGCCAACUCAUCAUCCGAGAGUUCGAGGAGAUGCAUUUGUUCCUGGAGGAGGAGCAAGAAGUGCUGAUGCAACACCUGGAGGACGAGGAGAAGGAGAUCUUGCAGAAACUAAAGGACAAUGUGGCUGAGCUGUCUGAGCAGCGGGUCUCCCUCAACAGCCUCAUCACGGAAAUCGAGGAGAAGUGUCUGCAGUCAGGCAUGGAGAUGCUUAAGGUGGGGUGUGCAUCAGAGUCUACCUGGAGGGGGGGGGCGACUCUUGCAUCUGAACAAAUGCUGCUUGGAACAUCCCGUUCCUCAGCAGCCCUUGAGUCUGCCUCCUUCCCUUACUUUUUUCUAGUGCUUUAAGGAGUAGUAAACCACCAGUAAAGCUUAAGGCAGGCAGUAAAUCAACAGUAGAUUAAAACAGACUUGAAUUACCCUAUUUUUCACUCUAUAAGACGCACCAGACCACAAGACGCACCAGACCACAAGACGCACCUAGUUUUUGGAGGAGGAAAACAAGAAAAAAAAUAUUCUGAAUCUCAGAAGCCAGAACAGCAAGAAGGAUCGCUGCGCAGUGAAAGCAACAAUCCCUCUUGCUGUUCUGGCUUCUGUGAUAGCUGUGCAGCCUGCAUUCGCUCCAUAAGACGCACACACAUUUCCCCUUACUUUUUAGGAGGGAAAAAGUCUUAUAGAGCAAAAAAUAUGGUAUCUUUUGCACCCACAGAUCUGAAAGAGAGAGCCUGCUUCCCCUUUUUUCCUCAACUGCUGCCUGAUGGAGCAGAUAAAGCUCUAAACAGGACUUUCUUAGGAAGCAGUGGUUGCAUGUGAUGGGUUCAAAGAACCUCCAGAGAUCAGUUGCCUCAACCAGUUUCCUGGAAAUGCAGUGCUCUUGGCCUGGGGCCACCGUGGAAUGGGGCUCAUGGGCCUUCAUGUGGGGGUUUGGCUCCAUCACUAAUUGUGCAACUCAGAGGGAUGAGAGUAGAACAAAGGGUCGAUGAAUUCUAGUCUUGCGCCAGCCCAUUUCUGUUCCCCACUUCCUCCACCUCUCAUCUAACAUUUCCAUAAGGGUCUGUGAACCCCAAUUUCUAUAGACCCUUUGGAUGUGAAUCUGUAUGCCUUUUGUGGGUAGCAGGGCAAGAUGCGUAGGGCUCUAGCUUUCUGUAGUCGACAUGCAAGCAUGAAAUCCAGUGUAAGGUCAUCAGAAUUGGUUUGCUUUGUGAAGGCAGAUCCUUAGAUAGGUGAUAUUUCAGGACAUUGCGGUGGCAGGCUGGAAGUUGAUGUGGUUUGCACAAAAGAUCCAACACUUGAAUUUUUUGGUGCAUUUGGGGUUUUUUUAAACUUGCCUGUGCUUUUUUAAGCUAAAACAGCAGAAUAAUAUGUGUUGCUUUAACCAAAGGUGGGAUCUUCCUCAUUUCACCAGUCUGCAUAGAUAGAUUUUACUUUGCGGUUGGGCUCCUUAAUGACGACACGACUCUUAACAAUUUUUAUUUCUUGUCCUUCUCAUGCAGGAUGUGAAGCACACCCUCGAAAGGUAAGGAGCAAAUUCUUUGGUCAUCACAACAGCCUCACUGCCUCUUAACAUGGGGUCCUAUGAGGUGGUCCUUGUCAUAAACAGCUGCUGGACAAGUAUUUGUCCUGGUUUGACACAUAAAAUGCUCUUUUAAAGACUGCUGGUCUCCUUACCUCUUGAAGGAGCGCUUCCGAUGGAUGCCUUUGCUUUCUGAAAGGAGGUGGGCAGCUACCAAAAACAGGGCCUUUUCUGUGGUGGUGCCAUCCGCCUUCACAAUUGUGGAAAGCUCUCCCCAGAGAGGUUUGCCUUACAACCUACCUUACUGUUCUUUUGGCAUCAGGUGUGGUUGAAGGUAUGAAAGGCCCCUGCUUUGCUGAAGCAAAUACUUGUAAGGACAAAGGCAAGGGGUUGGAUCUAAAAGUGCCACUUCAUUCCUAGUGGGAGUCCUUCCAAGAACAGACUGGCCUUUGAUCGAGGCCAAGGCUAGUGGAAAUGCGCCUAGAACAACAGGCGUUUCGAACACUGCCAGCAGGGUUUCCCAAAAUUGGGUCUCCAGCUGUUUCUGGACUACAGUUCCCACCAUCCCUGACCACUGGUCCUGCUACCUAGCCAUGAUGGGAGUUGCAGUCCACAAACAGCCAGAGACCCAAGUUUGGGAGAACCUGGUGAAAACUAAAUAAAACCUCCAUGAAAAUAAACAAGUUGCUCAAUUAUAGCCUGGGAGAUGAUUCAUUCCCCCCCCCCCCCCGCAAAGUCUGGAGACUCUUUUAUAUAUUUAUUGUAAGUAUUUUUUAUAACUGUCUUUCAAUCAUAUUUCCAGGACAGUUUACAAAAAUAAAAAAGCAUGUACAUAAAGCAUACUAAACAAAAAGGCACAAAAAAUAUUUAAAAAGCAGCAGAAGAGAAUCAGCAGAAUUAAAAGUACUUGUGAAUCUCAAGAAUUUUUAUUCGCUUAUUUACGUUUGUACAGUGAUAUCCCACCUUCCUUCCAUCCCAGAAGCCAAGGCUGCGGACCUGUAGGUUCUCAUGGCAUCACUCAUCCAGGCACUGACCAGACCUUACAAGUAUUUGAAGUCAGGCCUCACAAUGGCCAUGAAAUGAAAGAUGAUUGGGGGACACAUGGAAGCAAUGGACAACUUCAGGGACAGUGAACCUGGGGCCCACCAGAUGUUCCUGGGGCUCACAGCUUGCAUCAUCCCUGACCCUUGUCCAUCCUGGGUGGGGCUGCUAGGGGUUGGGAGCCCAGCAACGUCUGAAGGGGCCACAGGUUCCCCAACCCUGAACUUGCCCUCACCCAACUUGCUCUUCUCCUUUUCUUGCAGAUGUGAAGAGGUGCAGGCCCAGAAGCUGAACCUGGUCUCCAUCGAGCUGGAAAAGAACUUCUGCAACUUCCCCAGGCAGUACUUCGUCCUGCGCAAAAUCAUCAAGAGGCUCACAGGUAAGUUGGUGUGGUGCCACAUCCAGGCAUUUUUCGUUUUGGUUGGUGUGGGGGCUGGGAGAAUUGGGCCUCUUCUCCCUUGCUCAUGGAUCAGGGGGUUUGUCCACCGUGCCAACAAAACUCUUUGAGUUUGGAAUAGAUUCUGCAGAUUAGCACCCUCCAAGCAAUUGAGCUUAAUUCUGAUCAGUGCACACACAACACAACUCUGUCCAGGAGAGGUGUGCUAGAAUUGUUGAUAGUGGGAGAGGAACAGUAUUAACCUUCCUCAAUCUGAUGCGCUCCAGAUGUUUUGGGACACACACACACACACUCCACCCAGCACAGCCAGUGGUCAGCAGUAACAGGAAUGAUACAGUCGUACCUUGGAUCCCAAACGCCUUGCGAGUCAAAUGUUUUGGCUCCCAAACGCCACAUACCCAGAAGUUCGUGUUCCGGUUUGCAAACGUUCUCUGGAACCCGAAAGUCCGACACGACUUUCAUGGCUGCUGAUUGGCUGCAGGAGCUUCUUGCAGGAGCUUCCUGCAGCCAAUCGGAAGCCAUGCCUUGGUUUCUGAACAUUUUGGAAGUUGAACGGACUUCCAGAACGGAUUCCGUUCGACUUCCAAGGUACCACUGUAGUUCAAAAUAGCUGGAUGGCCUCCAGCUGUGGAAGACUGGUCUGUAUGUAGAGAAAUGGCUGGAAGCAGAGGAAGAAGGAAGAGUAGUCAUGCAGGUUGAAUGUUCUUGAGGAUGUCAUGCCUCCCCUGAAAAGCAAAGAAGAAUGCAAAGAUAAUUUUAUGGCAAAACUAGGAUAGAUUAUUAAAUCUGUGUUAGAAUAUAUUCUGGGUAAACAAACCAACCCCUGUGUUGCAAAAUAUGAGUCAGCAAUAUCAAAAGCAACACAAUGGCCAGAAACAAUAACAAUGUGAACAACUUUAUGGAAUAAUUCAAAACAUCAAAAUUAACAAACUGAAGUCUCUGAAAGUCCUUAAAUGAAUCAUGGUGCCAGACUUUACCCGGAAGAUAGCAAGCUGUGAAGCUUUGUAUAAUCAGCAAGUGUCCAAUUCUGAUGUCCAACUCUGAACUCUGCUGAACAGUGUUUCCGGAUAACAACAUGGGGAAAAAUUUAUAACUUAUCUAGGAGACCAUUGUAAGCGGAUGAAAACAUUAGCAGGAUUGCAGUAACACUUGUAAUGCAGCAAACAUUAUGGACAAAAUGGAGAGAGAUAAAAUAUGGUUAUGAAAUAAUAUACAGUUGUAAAGGUUGCCAGUAGGACCCAUGGAGGGGAAGGUGGGAAGUCCAGAGAUUCGGAGAAAUCUCUAAAUAUGGACAUGUAUUUUGUGUUGUAUUGUUACAAUUCUAUAUUUGUAAAAUCAAAUGAAAAUUAUUUAAAAAAAAAAAAAAAAAGCACCCUGAGCCAUUGAGGCCUGGCCACCGUUGCAGCCGAGCCUGAACGAACGUCUCUCCCUUUUCCUGCAGGAGAUUUGACCCUCGACCCCGAGACGGCCCAUCCCAACUUAGUGCUCUCCGAGGACCGGAAGAGCGUCAAGUUUGUGGAGCAACGCCUGCGAGACCUGCCCGACAGCCCGCGGCGCUUCACCACCUACCCUUGUGUCCUGGCGACGGAGGGCUUCACUUCGGGCCGCCACUACUGGGAAGUGGAAGUGGGCGAAAAGACCCACUGGGCCCUAGGGGUCUGUAAUGAAUCCGUGAGCCGCAAAGGGGAGACGACCUCCUUGCCGGAGACUGGCUACUGGCGGGUGAGGCUCUUCAACGGGGACAAGUAUGCGGCCACCACCACCCCCUUCACGCCCCUCAGUGUCGCCACCAAACCCAAGCGAGUGGGCGUCUUCCUGGACUACGAGGCCGGCAGGCUUUCCUUCUACAAUGUGACGGACCGCUCCCACAUCUACACUUUCACCGACACCUUCACGGAGAAGCUGUGGCCUUUUUUCUACCCAGGAAUCCGUGCCGGACGCAAGAAUGCAGCUCCCCUCAUCAUUCGGCCUCCCACGGACUGGGAGUGACAAGAUGGCCGAUUCUUCUCCCUCUGCGCCCCGCAACCUCGUUCUAGGAUUAGCCCUCAAAGGUGGUUUUUAAUUGAAUGAAUUUGAAAAAAAAUAAAAUUAUUAGAGCAUAAAGGAAAGUAGAUAAUAACAAAUAUCUGUUUCCCACCCCACCCCCCCCAACUAAAAUAUUAAUCUAAAUAUCUUAUCAAAUGUGUUGAGGGAGUUAUUUAAGGCAGUUUUUCAGUGGAGAAGGAUGCAAGGGAACAGGAAACCAAGUUGCGUCAUCCCCAGCUGGGAAUGGCAGAAGGAAACGUGGAAAGGCUUUCAAAAACACCACUGAAGGGGGCGGGGACCACGGGGACCCUACAGAAAUGUUGGUAUUUAACUUUUUGGCUUCACAUUUUCUUGAAGGGAUGUGACGCUAGUGAAGGGAGUAUUCCCACAAAAGCAAAGAGCCCGUUUUGGAGCAGUUCGGCUUUUGUGGAAGCCAGUGAAGAAAUGGAUUCCUUCUGCUUUCCCAAACCUCAAACGGGGCUUAAAUCUGAGACGGUGAUGCUGAAACUUGGGGGCGGGGUGGAGAAAAACCAAGCCACACUGUUUGCAUUAGCUGUGGGCAGAGCUGGUCAGAAAUGUGUGUGAAUGAGAAUGUGGCAGAUGUGUGCUAUAUGGGCAGUGGAGGGAAGUGACCUCUCUCAAGGGAUUCAUCAUUGCAUGUGUAGAUUGAAGAAACCAUCUCUUUUUCCCUUCGCUGCUCCUUCUGCAGUGUAUGCAGAAGCAGCCUCCUGUAGUCUUGGUAGAGUGCUGUAAUGUACCGGUACAUGUGAGAAUAAAGCAGGCCAGGAAUGGAUCCUUUCCUCUUGAACACGCCAGCACUCCCUGGGUAGAGUGUUCAGAGAUUUCUAUGGACCAGGGCUGGGCAAUACCCGGUUUUCAGCGUCGCAGUAUAUCGCCAGCUAAACAUCACGAUAUACUGAUAUAUCACAACGUCUGAAAUGAGGAUGGAGCUAUGUAGAGGCCUUGGCUGGCUUCACGGUUUUCCCCACAUUGUGUUUUUUUUGCAUAGCACACAAAUGCACAUCGUGAUUCACAAUAUAUUGCCAGGUCUAAAACUAUGAAAGCAAUAUCAUGGUAUGGACUUGAAACCAGUUCUGGGUGACAUAUCGAUAUAUUGCCCAGUCCUGUUAUGGGCUGCACAGCCCUUGCAGCCAGCUGGCAGAUCUGGACUGAGGGGUGCUGGAACCGAGUUUCUGUCUCGGACCCAGGAAGCAGAGCUGCCUGGUAGUGAGCGCCCAUGGACAAGCUGGUCUUAAGACCCAAAUUUUAUCCAAAGGGCCAGUUGUAUGGUUUGUAGUUGGUGGCAUCCAUUUGGCUUUAACUCAAGCUGCCAUCCCAAAGUCUUUCAUGAAUUGAACGGCAUGUACUGUGACCCUUGCCUGUGGGCUGUGAAGAGGAAUGCCUGGCGGCAUUUGUCAUGGGUAAAAGUAGUGCCCACAGUGCACAGAUGAGUCGAGGGCAAUGGGGGGACAAACGUUUUCCAGUAGUUCACUUGAAUCGAACAAAAGGCACCUCUGCAAACCUUUCUGUCCUGAAGUUCACCCAUGUUGCACGGCUUAGCCAAAUGUGAGGCCGACGGAGCAACACCAAAAAUCACUUUUUUGGGCAAUGUUUUGGGGGAAGUCAGCAAAAUGCAGCUGCUACGUUUACCUGUUUGGAACGCAGACCAAUCUGGCUGCACUGUAGUAUGACUGCUUGGAGGUUUUUAAGCAGAGGUUGGGUGGCCAUCAUUAUAUGAUCUCAGCUUGGCUGCUCCUGCCUUAGGAAACAGCCUUUGUUUGGGCAGUUUUCAUGGAGGAAUGGUGCUGCUGCUUAAAGCUGGGGAAAGAAGCAGCUUUCGAUAGGUGACAAGAGCAAAUAAGAAAGGUAAUGGGGAGCAGAUGAAUAUGCAACUUUCUCACCACUGCCACUCGUCGUCCUGAGAGAUUCCACCAGAGUUAGAAUAUUAAAAGUUAUUACAGAAGGUAUGUAUGUUUGUGAUUGGUGAAGGUAAGGUAAAGGACCCCUGGAUGGUUAAGUCCAGUCAAAGGUGACUAUGGGGUUGAGGCACUCAUCUCGCUUUCAGGCCGAGAAAGCCGGCAUUUGUCCAGACAGUUUGAAAGCACACCAGUGCAAGUAGAUAAAUAGGUACCACUGUGGCAGGAAGGUAAACGGUGUUUCCAUGUGCUCUUGCUUCCGUCUCGGUGUCCUGUUGUGCCAGAAGCGGUUUAGUCCUGCUGGCCAUGUGACCCGGAAAGCUGUCUGUGGACAAACGCCGACUCCCUUGGCCUGAAAGCAAGAUGAGCACUGCAACCCCAUAGUCGCCUUUGACUGGGCUUUACUGUUCAGGUGUCCUUUACCUUUUUAUGUUUGUGAUUAGAAUACCCUUGAGUGCAAAAUACAUAUGUUGGAUAAAGAUUCCAACCGCCUCUGAACAUGACCGGGAAAAUUCCUCUACAGCAAGGCCCUCCAGAUGUUGAUGGAGCACAGCUGCCACAACUCUGGACCAUGCUGGCUGGAGGGGAUUGGAGUUAGAGCAGUGAUGUCCAAACUUUUUUCAAAGAGGGCCAGAUUUGAUGAAGUGAAGGGCCGUGAGGGCCGACCAAAGUUGUUGACCUUUCCUUUGGGUUGAAGUUGUUGAGGUUUUUUAGGAUUUUACCCCAGGAAAUAAACUGCCACAGGGGCCAGAAUAAACUGACCGGCGGGCCAGAUUAGACCCCCAAAACUGACUUUGGACAUGCCUGGACUAAGGCAACAUCUGGAGGGCUACAGGUUUCCCCACCCACCUUGUUCUAAGACAUUCAGUUCCCAGUUCAGCCUCAGGUUAGUUAUUGGCUUUAACCCAUCCCUCCCAGUGAUGCCCUGUGGGGCUCAGCUUGCCUCUACCUUCCAAUGGUAGUGUCUGGAGUUGCGCGAUUGAGUAGUGUACGUGUGUGUCUAUGCGGCUGAGGAAGCUCUGACUUGGGUGCGUCUGACCCUUGAGCAUGAGUGGGCUAGCAACCCACAGCUUAGGGCAAGAUCUAUGUCUUGUGGCUUUUAAGAUUAUUAAUAAAAUAUUUGUUUUAUUUGACAGCAAUAUA